GCGGGCUCGGCUCGGGGCGGCGGGAGGAUGGAGAUGAAGAAGCGGUUGACGCUGGAGCUGCGCAACAAGAAGCCGGGCGAGGUGAAGGAGCUGGUUCUUGAUAACUGCCGUUCGGACGAUGGGAAGAUCGUUGGUCUCUCUUCAGAUUUCGAGAACCUGGAGUUCCUCAGCAUGAUCAACAUCAACUUGCUGUCUGUCUCCAAUCUCCCCAAACUUAAUAAACUCCGGAAGCUGGAGCUGAGUGAUAACAGGAUUUCUGGUGGCCUUGAAGUUCUAGCAGAAAGAACUCCUAACCUGACACACUUGAAUCUAAGUGGCAACAAGAUCAAAGACAUCAAUACCCUGGAGCCCUUGAAAAAGCUGCCAAACCUCCAUAGUCUGGACCUCUUCAACUGUGAGGUGACAAUGCUCAUCAACUACCGGGAGAGCGUGUUCACCCUUCUGCCCCAGCUCACCUACCUAGACGGAUUUGAUGCUGAUGACCAGGAAGCCCCUGACUCAGACCCUGAAGCAGAUGGGGAUGGACUGGAAGAUGAGUACGAGAAUGGGGAAGGUGAAGAUUUUCUCUUCUUGUAUUUGGGAACCGUAACACUUAACCUCCCUCUCCUUUUGGUAGAAGGUGAGGAAGAGGAUGAUGAUGAUGAGGAAGAUGAUUUGGAUGAAGAAGUCAUUGAUGAUGAAGAAGAUGAAGAUGAUGAUCUGGAAGGUGAAGAGGAGGAGGACGGAGUAGAUGAUGAGGAAGAUGAGGAAGAAGAUGGUGAGGAUGAUGAAGAAGAUGAAGCUGAUGAUGACCUUCCGCGAGGGGAAAAGAGAAAACGAAAUCUAGAGGAUGAAGGAGAGGAAGAUCCAGAAGACGAAGAGGACGAUGAGGAUGACUGAUCCGAACGAGCCUAUCAGUUUUACAGACUAUGACUGUGCUUGUCUUAACCUCCCCGUUGUGUCUAUGUGAGACUGUAAAUCCCUGUCUCCCACUCCUCCCCCCUUUGUAUGGCUGCAGCGUCCACAAUAUAUUUUUUUAAGAUGUAGAAUACUGUAGGCAUUCAGGGGAAUCUUCCAUACAAGGCUCACUUUCUCACAAGUAUCUCAUGACCAAAGGCUUUCUCCGUUCUGUGGUUUGUGCAGCAGUU